CAAGGUGCUGCAAUCACAAUCACAUUUCCUUGCUCACCAAGGUUCCGUCCUUCCUCUUCUUCCUAUAAAAUCUGGAAGCCGGAUAGAGAUUUCAAAGUAUACGUUAAGUUUAUACUUGAAAGUCAUAAGACCAUGUCAGCUGAGAUUUUCGUUGUGCCCUUCUUCGGGCAAGGUCAUCUUUUUCCUUGCAUGGAGCUAUGCAAACACUUGGCUUCUAGAAAUUUCAUGGCUUCACUCGUCAUUCCGUCCGACCUCACCUCCUCCAUACCAGCCUCUUUCCGCGACUACCCUUUAGUUCAAAUCCACGAAGUCUCAUCGUCCCUCUUGCCUCCGUCCGAACCAGGAUCACAAUCACACCCACUUCACGCACACCGUACGCUCCACGCCCAGCUAGCUCUUGGGAUUGAGAAGCUCCUCUCAGUGGGACCCCAUAACCCCAAUCCACCUCGACCCGUUUGUGCUAUCCUUGACAUCAUGGUGAACUGGUUGUCGGAUUCUUUUAAAAAACUUCAGGUGCCUACGGUAGCGUUCUUUACCUCCGGUGCUUGCUCCGCCGCAUUAGAAUAUGCCAUUUGGAAAGCCCACCCGGAAGAUCUCAAACCUGACGAAAUUCGUUUGCUUCCCGGAUUACCAGAUGAUGUUGCGCUGGCCUCCUCUGAUCUCAAACGACGGCCUCACGGCCCUCCACCACUAGACGGUGGCGGACCACCACCAGACGUCAGAGCAGGACCGCGGAUGAAGGGACCACCUAAACCCGGUGAGCAACCACCGUGGCUAGAAGAUGCAAGAAAAACGAACGCGAUGAUGAUCAACACGUGUGAUGAUCUGGAGCGUCCAUUCAUUGAAUACAUUGCGAAACAAACUGGAAAGCCGGUUUGGGGUGUAGGUCCGCUUCUGCCCGAGCAUUAUUGGAAAUCCGCAGGUUCACUCAUUCACGACCGGCUGGUCCGAACGAACCGCAGGUCCAAUGUGUCGGAGGACGAAGUGAUCCAGUGGCUAGAUUCAAAACCGCGGGGGUCAGUUCUGUAUGUAUCCUUUGGAAGUGAAGUGGGCCCAACAAUGGAAGAAUACCCACAAUUAGCGGAAGCAUUGGAGUCUUCAGACCGACCCUUCAUAUGGGUGAUCCAACCCAAUUCAGGAAAACCGGGCCCUCCACGUCCACGCUCAUGGUCAAGUAAACAACCCGGUUCACAGGUGAAGAAAGAGGAAGAAGAAAAAGAAGGCUAUUUUCCUCAUGGGGUGGAUAGCAGAGUCGGGAAAAGGGGUCUGAUAAUAUGUGGAUGGGCACCACAGUUGUUGAUACUGAGUCACCCAUCAACGGGUGGAUUCUUAACACACUGUGGUUGGAACUCCACGGUGGAAGCCAUUGGACGUGGGGUCCCAUUUUUGGUGUGGCCCAUUAGGGGUGACCAAUACCAUGAUGCCAAGUUGGUGGUGGGCCACCUGAAGGUUGGGCACAUGAUCUCUGAUGAUCUUUCACAAAUGGUAAAAAAGGAUGGCAUAGUGGAGGGAAUAGAGAGGUUGAUGACUGAUAAAGAAAUCAAGAGUAGGGCUGAGAGUCUCAGUGCUAUGUUUCAGAACGGGUUUCCAAGGAGUUCAGAGGCUGCUUUAGAUACUUUCUUUCAUUAUAUCAAUCAAAGGCCGAGUUAGUUAGUAUCAUUCCCUCCAUCAAUGUAUACUAUACUAGAGGAAAUCUUGGUACCAGUUACAUGAAUAAAUUCAUUUCUUUAUCCUA